UGCCGGGCCGCUGCUCCGGUUACCGCACCCGCGUAGGAGCGAGCGAGGCGCCAUGGCCGCCCGGCCCCGGCUGCACUACCCCAACGGCAGGGGCCGCAUGGAGUCCGUCCGCUGGCUGCUGGCCGCCGCCGGAGUCGAGUUUGAUGAGGAAUUUCUGGAAACAAGAGAACAAUUGGAGAAGCUGCAGGAUGGUGACCACCUGCUGUUCCAGCAAGUGCCCAUGGUCGAAAUAGACGGCAUGAAGUUGGUACAGACUCGAAGCAUCCUCCACUACAUCGCUGAGAAGCACCAGCUCUUCGGCAGGGACCUCAAGGAGAGAACCCUGAUCGACAUGUACACGGAGGGCACGCUGGACCUGCUGGAGCCCAUCAUCAUGCACCCUUUCCUAAAGCCGGAGUACCAGCCGAAGGAAGUGCUCCACAUGGCCCAGAAGGCCAUCGUUCGAUACUUUCCCGUGUUUGAAAAGGUUUUAAAGGGCCACGGACAGAACUUCCUCGUUGGCAAUCAGCUGAGCCUCGCCGACGUGAUUCUGCUCCAAACCAUUUUGGCCCUGGAAGAGAAAAUUCCGAAUGUCCUGGCUUCGUUUCCUUUCCUCCAGGAGUACUCAGUGAAAUUAUGCAACAUCCCUACAAUUAAGAGAUUUCUUGAACCUGGCAGCAAAAAGAAGCCACCCCCUGAUGACGUCUAUCUGCGAACCGUUUACAACGUCUUUAUGCCAUGAAUCACGUGGUCAUCUGUGAGUGGGAGCCGGGCCCGGGUGUCUGUGCCCACAGCGUUGUCUUAAUGGAUCCCUGUACUACUGUCUUGCUGUGUUCAGUUGGGUCAUAAAUUGGGCCUUUCCUCUCGAGAUCCCUUCCUCAACUGUCACCUUGUUUUUGUCCAGCAAAUGAGUGUUAUGGGACACGCUCUGGCAGACAUUUUUGAGGAGACUGGUGAUUCAGUUAGGCUGGGUGGCGCUCCUCUUUUCCUGUAGUUAGCCCACCCAAUAAUGAGGGUGCAGGGCCUCGUGUUGUCUGACACCCGGCUCCUCUGUUGUAUCCAAGCCCUGCAGGCUGCUCCAGGUGCUUGGUGUCUAGUGACAGUGCAGUCAUGAGUGGCUCCUCUGACCCAGAGAAAGUCAGUGGUGGUGACAAUGGCAGCCAGUGUUCUCCAGAAUAAAGAAUUUAUUAUGGCC